GUUUCUUCGCGGCUACUCCAACUCGCAGUCAUUCGUCUGUUCGAUUGUUUGUUUUCUUCGCUGCACUUUUUGCGCGCGCGCAACCGCCGAUAAACAGCGAAAAACCAGGAGAAAAACUGCAAUAAACACUGGAAGUGCAUUUUUAACAUUUAAAACGACUCUGUGAAUGUGUCUUGAUUGAAACAUUUACUUUCGUUUUUUUUUUUUGCAAAUUUUGUUCUGUUAAGUGUUAAAAACUCCAUUUGAAGCGCACGGAAAAUAAACUUUUUAGCAAAAUGCAGCAGAAAGUUGAAGAGAAAAUCGAUCCCCUGACACGCAUCCAGGAGGAGAUCAAGGAGGUGGUGCGGCGCGAGGAGGAGUACCGCCAGCUGGCGACGCUCUCGUCUGGCACCCCCACCAUCACUUCCCCCUCCUCGGGGCAGCUGGUGGACUUCGAGACAUACACGGUCAAUGGCAAUGGCCUUGACUUUGAGACGAAACUGGAGCAGGACGAGGAGCUGCUGGCCGAGAAUCAGAAUCAGAACCAGAUUCAGGAUCAGGGAGUGCUGGUCACCGCCCAACCGGCGGCCGUGCAGACCACCUCGCUGCUGCUGCCCAUCGACGAGCUGUCCAACACACCGUCGCUGGCCUCCAGCGUGAACAGCGCCAAGGAGGAGAGCCUCGAUGGCCAGCACUCGGACGACUCGGGCAUCUCGGCCUCCUCGCAGACAACGAAAACGACCUCGACCAAUGUGGUUAAGCAGUCGCAGCAGCAGCAGCAGCAGCUCAAGCUGACCGUGGUGACGCGCCAGGAGCAGCGCUACAUUGGGCCCAAUUGCUAUAACCUCACGCCCGAGCCGCCGCAACAGAAGCUGAUCACCCGCACCAUAUCGACGCCCCAGCUGAGUGGUCUGCCCCAGAAGCGUCAGUUCGCCUUUGGGGGCGCCACCAAGGGAGUGAUGCAGCGCUUUAUAGCCUCGCACGGCAAGCUGGCGCCCACCAGCCCGCUGCCAAACGCCUCCUCCCCGUUGACCCUGAACUUGGCGGCCAAUGGAAAUGGUAUUGGAAAUGGUCUUACAAAUGGCCAGAACAAUAACCAGAGCAACAGCAACAACAACAACAACACCCUCAAGCUGAACACCCGCACUGCAAUGGCCUUCUUGGAAUCGGGCGGCUCAGCGGGCGGCAUCACCUCGGUCACCCUCUCGCCGGCGGCCAUCGAACGCGACUCGGAGGGAAGGCCCCUGCGACGCGGCUAUGUGCCCGUCGAGCAGAAGAUCCAGCGCGAGCUGCAGGACCUCAAGUCACGCGAAUCGGAGCUGAAGCGACUGCGCAAGAUCAACAGGCAGAACACCCUGAAGGCCUCCCUGGAUAAGCUGCAAUUCAGCACAGACGACGAGGUCGAUGCGGAUGACGAUGACGAGGACUCCGAGGUGGAGCACUGCUACGGACCCGGAAAACUGCGCAACGCCCAGUCCACACAGGAGCUGGACAGGAAUGGAAACGAGCAGGAGAUCCAGGUCCACAAGCCCUCCGGCAAUCGCAGUCUGAACGCAGCCGCCUACAUAGCCAACGGCCUCAGCAAUGGGAAUGGCAACGGAAUGCGUCCGGCGAUGUCGCUGGCCCAGCUCUGCGAUCUGACGCCCGAGGAGGCACCCUCCUCGCGGGGACUCAUCGCCCAGUGGGAGAGUCUGAUCAAGAAGAACGCCGAGGUUGGGGCGGUCGAGGCGAUCAUUUAAGGAUUGUGGGUCCGGAACCCCUUUAAAAAUAUUAACAAAAACAACACACACACACCAACGAUCUGGUGCAGAGCAGACCAAAUUAUUAUUGUAGUGUCCACACUUACACACUUGAUCCUCCGUUUCUCCAACACCACGUCCACGUC